GAGUUGAUGAUUUUGAAAAUUUUCAGUCGAUGAUUGAUUCAACACUUGAUUUUGAAGCUGUGAAAAAUAAAGAAUUUAUUGUUAAAGCUGAAUAUGAUGCACAACUUCUAGAGUUGCGGAAAGAGAUGAAGGAAGUAGAAGACUCGAUUAACUCUACCCUUAAUGAUGUGGUUGAAGAUCUUGACUCACCUGGCAUAAAACUAGAAUAUGAUAACACUGUAGGUUAUCAUUAUAGGCUUACAAGAAAGCAAGAAAAAAAUUUACGUCAUAAGAAAGGCUACAAUAUUAUUGAUACUAAAGCUUCAGGAGUCAGAUUCCAAAGCUCAGAUCUGAAAAGUAUGAACGAGCAGUAUAUGUCACAAAAGAAAUCUUAUGAAGAAAUGCAAAAGGCAUUUGUUGAGGAAAUAAUUAAUGUAGCAGUGUCUUAUCUCCCGGCCAUGAAAAUGCUUAAUAAUACAAUCGCUUGGCUAGAUGUCUCUUUGGCGUUUUCUCGCGUCUCAGUCAAUGCUCCAAAGCGAUAUGUGCGCCCAAAGUUGCGUGAAAAGGGUGAAUGUUGCAUAAUAUUAAAGCAAGCUCGUCAUCCAGUCUUAGAAUCAAAAGUUGGAAAUUUCAUUCCUAAUGAUGUCACAAUCACUAAAG